AUGAAAACUCAUAUAGGAAAAACGAUGGAGCAUUCAGAAAGGAAGGAGACACCAGAUGGAGGUGAGUGCAGAAAGGAUGUGAAGUGGAAUCCUAUGAAUGUUUAAAGUCCCACUGAGUUUACUGGGGCUUAUUCCCAAAACCCUGUAUAUAGGAUUGUAGCUCUAGACGAAAUAGCAAACCACUUAAGAUAAUAGGGUAGCAGUGGAGGAAAGUUUGCCUGUAAUGGGUGACAAAUGUUUUAUGCAAUAGGUAGACACUGGGUCAUUUAUUAAGGGGUAUUCAACAAAUAAUGCAAAACCUCAAAACAAUACAUUCCCCCGCAAGCUAACACCUGAUGAAAUAUUCUUAAAUUGUGUGUGUUACAUGCCUUCAUUUGGGUGGCAGAAUGUAAAAAAGAAAAAUAUUUUAGGUCUGCUCCCUGCCCCCUACCCAUAAGAAUUAACAUUAGCUCAACUAAUUUAGUCAGAUUGCGGUGUAGAAAUGGGGGUAAUGAGUAGGAUUUGAAGACCUGUACUAAAAGCUCAAGUGUGACUGCUGUGCAAAAGUGGUAUCCAGGGCUGGUCUGGAGUCAGAGCCCAAGUCAUCAGAGUCCAAAACAAGAGUUGAGGUGAGAGGCAAGGUCAGGGCAGUCAAAGUCAUGUUCAAGUUGGUCUGUGAACAGUCGAGAGCAUAGGCAAUGACCAGGUCCUGGGCAGUCCAAGGUCAGAUGCAAUCUAACCAGUCAGAUUGGUCACAGUGCUGCUGAAAAAACAUUUGUUCCAGCUCCUGUUCCAGCCAGGCACUGGGCUUUUUUGAGCUGGAGCUGCUGGAACAACCCAGUUGAUCCACCUGACUCCUGCCAGUUGUCUUCAAUAGGAGCAUAUUACUUCCAGAUGGCAUCUCUCCCUUGGGCUCAGGAUUCAUUCAGCCUCGGCAUCAGAGGCCAUACCAACCCAUGGUGCCUACGGCUCGUCCUCAGCCUCCUCUAAGGCUCCUGGUCCCUUGCCCCAAUACUGAACCUUAUCCAGGGCUUGUUGUAAUUCCGAGACCACUGAGUAGGAAUCCCCCAGCUGUGACACCAUACACUCUUGACCUUGGAAUCUUCAUCCACUUGCAGAACUUGCCCCUAACUUUAAAACUUUAAAGUUCCUAGACCACGUGCAUGGAGGCUAGUAGCUAAAGUGACGGGUCAUGUUCUUUCCCUGCAUAAAGCCCCAGGUUCAAUUUCCCUGAAACCCUGGACAGCCAGUCAGAGUAGAUGAUACAGGGCUAAUUGGACAAAUUGUCUGACAGCUUAUUAUGGUGCAAGUUAUUUAUACUACAAUCUGGCAAAUAGUCAUACACGUUUGUGAGUGGCUACUGCAUUCCCUGAAUAAUCUAGAAAUCUGCUCUUGUGGUGAUCCUGUCAAAUAGCCCAUUCUAUGCAACUGGUUUUUUUUUUUGUUUUGUUUUUUGUGGGAUCUCCCUCAAUUUUCUGUUUCUCAGUGACACUUUCCCUGCUCUGAUUCCUGACCUGAGAGUCAUUGUUGAAGCCUGCUAACGCUGGAGAACUCAGUAUUGCUGCGGGUCAGACACUUCCUUUAUCUGACGCAAAAGCAAAGAGAAUAGAGAGCAUUUUGUAGCCUGCUCUCACGCAUGCAGAUUUGCAGCAAGCAUCUCUGCUUGAGAAGCUCAGCCCUUCGCCAUGUCUGCCUUGUUUGUUUUGUGGCUCUGUUUAAGUCCCUCUUUCCCAUGACUCCAGGGACCCGUGACUUAUGAGAUCAGUUCCACACAUUGUGUCUUAAUCUUCAAGCUGCUAUUUCCUUUACAUCGAAGGCAGUUGGAGCCCUUCUAUACACUUUUGAUAAGCAUUUGCACACUUUUCUGGGGAGUUUUGCUUGCUUGUUAUAUUCAAGCCUGCUGAGACAUGAUUGGAUGGUUCUCUCCCAGAGUUGCUUAACGUGCUGUAGUUAUUUUCCCCAAGUUUUCACUUAAAAAAAAAAGAUACAAUAAUAAUUUACAUCACGGUUCUUCAUCUGAAUCGUAGGGUAGGGAUGGGGAAGAAAUUCAUUUCAGUUCAUAUUUAAAGGAGAACGUACUUAAUUUGCACUUUCUGAAACAAUAUGUGAACUGAAGCACACCCAUUCUUUGAAAGGCACGCUUCUCUGAAACUUACAAUGCGGGUUUUCAACCAAUUAAUGUGUGCAAAUUGUAUAUAUUGGGUAAAGGAUGCAUAUAGAGUCAUAUAUUAGUGAAAAUGGCAUUCAAAAAUCCAUUGUGCUCUGGAUAAUUUCCUUCCAAAAAUGUGUCUAUGGGGCAAGAUUACAUAUAAACAUACGCAUAUCAGGAAAAAUUCACACUAAAAUGCUGAUGAAUUCUCAUGAGGACUCUUUUGAAAAUAAAAUAAAGUAAAAUUCAAACUAAUGUGAAAAUGUAGAGAGCAAAAUCUUUUAACUUUCGCUACAAAUGACAGACAGCUAUAGGUGCAUAGAACAAGUUUUUUAGCUUUCUUCAAAGUAUUUCCUUCCUGUAAACUAACACUGCAACAGUAUGUGUCUGAACCUACAUGUGUGUGCAAGGACGCAUAUGCUAAAGAGAAAUUUAAGGUCUUUUGCUGGAAUUACAACAUGCGCUUGUUAUGAAUAACCCUUAACCUUAUGCCCGCAAGAACAUCUCACACCAAAGGAAUAAAGAAAGAUUGGUUUAUUAUACGAAAUAGAAUACAUAAAUGCUACUUCAGAAAGCAAAAUUGCAAUUUAAGCAAGCAGCAACUCCUACAAUACACCCACCCACACCCCUUUAUCUAAGGAGUGAAGUUAUUUACAGAAAUGUGGGUGAGACAGUUUUGCCAGCAGCGCCCACACUAAGGGUAAGAAAUGGAAAGGAAAGAGUAUACCUGUCCUUAAAGUGAAGUGGGCACGUGCUGUUCCUUGAGAGCACAGAGAAAAAGAGAGUUUCUCAUUGGAGCUAGGGAUAGCUAUGAUAGCCAGCUAACUAUUGAAAGUCGGGGGGGGGGGGCGGUUAGCUAAUGCCUCUUAGUAGGGAAGGAAGGGAGGGGCUUUGAGGUGACUCAUUCCUGGCUCUCUUCCCCCCCCCCCGCCCAUUUCUCACCUUGCCCAUCUUGCAGAUUUAAGAGUUUGAAGGAACUCUUAAUUUCCUAGAGAGAAAUGAACCAGACAGGACCUGGCCAUCUUUUUGUGUGCUCUCUGCCUUACCCUUGUCUUGAUGGCCCUCAUUCAGGAGCUUGAAUAGGCUGUGCUUGGCAACUAAAUUUGCAUGUGCUGAUCUUUACAAGGUGUGAUGGCACAUUUUGAGAUGAGGUAUUGGGCUUCUACCAAGGUCAAGCAAGUUUCAUGACGGUGAAUCUCAUGGCAUACAGCGGUACCUCGGGUUACAGACACUUCAGGUUACAGACUCCACUAACCCAGAAAUAGUACCACAGGUUAAGAACUUUGCUUCAGGAUGAGAACAGAAAUCGUGCAGCGGCAGUGGGAGGCACCAUUAGCUAAAGUGGUACCUCAGGUUAAGAACAGUUUCAGGUUAAGAACGGACCUCUGGAACGAAUUAAAUUCUUAACCUGAGGUACCACUGUAUUUAAGUUAUGUCAACCUUUACACUUACACUAUGAUCUACAGAGAUAAACCGUAGAAAUAAGUUCAGAUCCAUACACCUGUUCACAACACAUUCAGCUGAAUCCAGAGAUACUGUACACAAAUCAAGUUGUGUGUCGAGAUUCUCUUCCCUCCUUCUUGCUGAAAGGAAAAGAGUGUGCAUGGCGGCACACGCUGGUCACCUGCGAAGCAAGGGCAGUGGGUAAGGCUGCAAGUGCAUGAAAAUUGGUCGCAGACUGGAUGAAGCUAUUUUACCCAAGCGCAGCAAGGUGUUCAGUGCAGGUGAUUCUGUGUGACUGUCACCUAUAGCUGAACCCGGCCAAUGGCCUAGGCGUUAAUUUCCCAGCCUUUUUCAGGUCAAGCAGUUGCUCUCUUAAAUAUAUCAAACCAGUACUGUUUAAUGUUGAUGGAUGGUAUCAGAUAAAAUUCUGUUCUCUAUCAGACACUUGACCAUUGAAAUAUAUGUUCUCUUUCAGGGCACCACCAGUUACCAGAAAAAAAGAAACCCUCACGAGUUUUAGAAAAAAGAUCUGCAUCGACCACCCAGAAAUCUACUACUAAAGAAGCUGCAGCUUCAACAUCUCUGACAAAGAAGUUUGGAAUAGCUUUUUUAGAGCUGAACCUCAUGCCCCUCUUGUCAGGUAUUUCCCCGCCCUCACACCCCCACCGCCCCACUACUUUGCGGGGGGGGGGGUAAGGUUGCAGGGUGAAGUGGUUUGAUCAGGUUUCCUCAACCUCGGCCCUCCAGAUGUUUUUGGCCUACAACUCCCACGAUACCUAGCUAGCAGGACCAGUGGUCAGGGAUGAUGGGAAUUGUAGUCUCAAAACAUCUGGAGGGCCGAGGUUGAGGAAGCCAGGGUUAGAUGCUAUGUAGUUUGGUAUUGUCAAAUGCUCGAGCAGCUUGUCACAGAGAUGAAUGAGGGGCUGGCUUGUUUUAUUGUGAGAAGCUGCAUUGUAAGUGCUGGGACAAAUACUGGCUCUGCCAAGAGAGUGUGCAAAAUGGACAAAUUCAGAUAGCCAGAAGCAGUACAUCCUGUCUGUAAAGUCAGAACAUAACAUGUAUAUAUCUGUGAGUAGAAAAGGGGAUGGCAUCUUCUUGUGCUGAAAAUCUAGUGAGUUCUGAAAGCUUCUGUGGAUUCGAAGUAGACCAGUCUUGUAAACAAAUCCACAAGCGUUAACUGACUUAUCAGCCCAUCUGUGUACACUUAGGUUAGUAAUUGACCCCCAUAAGGCAAAGGAAGGACAAACUUUCCAAAAUUUAAAAUAGCUGGAGGAGGGGGGAAGUCAAAAGGUGACUGAGGCUUGGGAGGUGGAAAUAUUGCCUCAUGUUGUAGACAAGACUUCCUUAACCUUGAGCCCUCAGAUAUCAUUGGACUACAACUCCCAUCAUAUCUGACGGUUGGCCAGGCUGAGUGGAGAUGGGGGGGGGGAGUGCUCUUUGACAACAUCUGUGGACUCCAAGAUUGGGGAAGGCUGCUGUAGACAAUUGAGUGACACUUUUCCUCAGUUAUCAUCUACCCCUGCCUUUGCGAUACUGCUUAUGAAUGAUGUUGAACAUGUUACUCCUGUCAGUAUUUAAUUAGUGCUGGCAGUUUGCCAAGCUCUGUACAGAAGUGGAAUCCUGCAUGCUCAGAGGCUCCAAAUGAGAAGGUUAAGGCAGAGAGGUACGGCACAGCUGCUGUAUUGGUUAGAAGGGUAACAGGCGUGGGAGAUCUAUGAUCAAAGGAUUCAGAUUGCCACUUCCUAAUGUACAUUUUCCUGUCUGGACUCAGCCAGUAACAGGAAUUGUGGUUUUGUGAAUUGACUGGCCCUCAUAAGGGUUUGUUGUAUUGCAAAUUAAGAAAGACAUUAAAAUUACUGAGAUUUCUCCUUUUGGUUUUUCUUAGUGUUUGCAAACAUAACUCUUCUUGCAAAACAGUCUGGUAACUGUCAAAGUGUCAGGAAAAGGUUUCAUUGUCUAUGGGGUUUUAAAUUUUUAAAUAUAGUUAAAAGGCUGCAGUUCAAGAAUUUUUUUUUCUUUCAGAUCAGUGCAGGUUAAUUUUAGAGCUGCUUCAUACGUCCCCCACUAAACAAAUCUUUGUAUAGAAAAACACACACACAGAGCACAAGGUUUUUUUCUUCUUCCUGCAGCCAGUGUGCAUGCAAUUUAGCUACUGCUGUAUAUUUCCAUGUAGGAAAAAUAUAGCAGCUUACAGGAAAUAACGGCCUCAAUAAGGCUUUAAAAUGUUGCAUGUUGGGUGAUAGGAACAUUCUGCCUGCCUGCUGUGCUGUUGAACGGUUCAGCUAAUACAAUUUGCAGAGAUGUGCACUUUCUUUUUUGACAUCAUUGCUGCCCAAACUACAAAAGCCUGAAAGGUAAAAAGCUCAUGGUGAUUUCACUUCUAUUAGGAAUGCAAGGUACAUAGCGGCAACCCCCUGAGACUGCAUGCUGCUUUGCUGGUUUAGCUGACAGCUUACAUACAAAUUAUCUUUUUGCUGCAUGCUUCCGGACGUUUUGCUUUUAAUUGAAGCUGAGGCUUCAAGGGCAUUGAUGCAUUAAUUGGACGGCACUCUGGCACAUUCAGAGGUCCUCUCAGUUUCUCUUGCGCUUUGUAAUUUUGUUCAGCAAAUCUGCACUACUACUGAUACAGGCUGUUUCCCUUCAGUUCUGUUCAGAUUAGUGCAUACUUGUAACAGAUGUAGUACAAUGAAUGCUAAAAGUAUUCCAUGCCUUGUGGUUGCAAGUGAGGUUUGCAAAGCCUUUGCCUUCUAUUUGUCCUUGGAGGGCUCCCUCUUCCGGCACCCCGUUUUCAUGUGCAAUAUGAAGUUCUGCUGCUGGCUUGUGGGCUCCCCCUGCUGGCCCCUGCAAUGGGGUGAGAGCCUGUUGCUCUGUCCCAGCUCCUGCCAAACUAGCAGUUCGAAAGCAUGCCAGUGCACGUAGAUAAAUAGGUGAUGGGAAGGUAAACGGUGUUUCUGUGCGCUCUGGUUUGUGUCACGGUGUUCUGUUGCGCCAGAAGUGCUUUAGUCCUGCUGGCCACAUGACCUGGAAAGCUGUCUGUGGACAAACGCCGGUUCCCUCGGCCUGAAAGCGAGAUGAGCGCCGCAACCCCAGAGUCACCUUUGAAUGGACUUAACCGUCCAGGGGUCCUUUACCUUCCCUUCCCCCUGCUGGUGAUCUGCAGCACUUCUAAGUCCAAUGACAAUUUCUAAAAAUGACCCUUGAGAAAUAGGAUUCCCUAUUGAGUUCAAGGCCUGUCCCUUCAUUGACUGUGAGGAGAUGGCUGAAAAUAUGUGACGGGCAAUGAGUGUGAGAGAGAAAGAGAGACCGAUGCUAAUGGACAGUUGGGUUCUUUUUAAGCCAGUAGCUGACAUAACGGAGAGAAGAAUUAGGGACUAACUUUGGAGAGGUAAAAAUAAGCAAGCUGGAGCAGGGGAAUGGAAGACAAAAUUACAAACUGCAGAUGAGUAAGAAAUGCUGCAGUCAGAAGGUUAAGAGCAACGGGGCAGGGGGGAAGAUCACGCGUAUAAAAUGGAAGCAAUUUAGUUUUAUGUGUCAUUUUCCCCUAAGUAGUUUGUUUUUAUCAUAUACUAACACAACCACCACCAUUAUUAAAAUUACUGCCCGCCCUUCACCAGCAGGUGUCAAAGCAGGUUACAUCAAUUUAAAAUUCAGUAUUAAAAGUGUUGGCAGCAGGAGAGCUGGAAAGGAGGUAGUAAUGGGGGAGAGUGGGGAGAGAUGCUCUUUGAUGCUGCUUGUUGAUUUCACAUGUUGUUCCGUUGCAGGACUGCAAUGAUUGGAAGCAUUUUUAGAGAGUUGGGCACACAUGAGCAAUAAAGGGAGGGAGCAGGUCUAGUCUAGGCCAAGGAAACCUAUAAAAAAAAGACCAUGGGUCCCAAGCAUGGUCAUACGUGGUGGUCGUAUUCCUACAUAGGAAGUUGCCUUAUAUUGAGACAGGAGGACCAUGAGUCCAUCAUUUUUGCAUGGUCUACACUGACUGGCAGUAGCUCUCUAGCCUGGAGAAGCAGGGGAUUGAAGCAAGGAUCUCCUGCAUGCUCAGGAAAUGCUCUCUCACUGAGCUGUGGCCCUUCCCCAAAGGAGCUCCCUGCUUCCUUUGCAAUUGUGACAGGGGUUGGCUAGAAAAGAACGCACUGCUAGGUUGCCCUAGUCUUUGCUCCUUUCUCUGCAGGUUCUUGCAUUUGUUAAAGUGGCACAAAUGACCAAAUGAUGUGGUGUGGUUUCUCCAGAGAAUAAGCCUUAAAAAGGUAAAGGACCCCUGGAUGGUUAAGUCCAGUCAAAGGUGACUAUGGGGUGCGGUGCUCAUCUUGCUUUCAGGCCAAGGGGAGCCAGUGUUUGUCCACAAACAGCUUUCUGGGUCAUGUGGCCAACAUGAUUAAACCGCUUCUGCCGCAACGGAAGCCAGAGCACACGGAGACGUCAUUUACCUUCCUGCCACAGGUAUCUAUUUAUCUACUUGCACUGGUGUGCUUUCGAACUGCUAGGUUGGCAGAAGCUGGGACAGAGCAACGGGAGCUCACUCUAUUGCAGGAAUUUGAACUGCUGACCUUCUGAUUAGCCAGCCCAAGAGGCUCAGUUGUUUAAUAAGCCUAUCAAGCAAUGACAUAGAACAUAUUGCUUCUUUAGUACUGCUGCUAUAAUGAUUAUAUAAAUAAUGUAAUUCCAUUUCCAGGACAACGCUGUGUGGUCAGUCAGCUAGGAGAGAAAUCCCCUAAACUUUGGGACGCAUACCUUAGCUUUUCUGUUGAAGGGACUCUGAUGAGUGAGAAACAGAAACAUGAAUUAAAUCCGCUGAUUAUUAAGAUUAACUCCGCAAGGUGCUUACCGGACACCCCCGUUCCAAUUAAAGUGCUACAGGUAAAUCAGAGCAUUCUUCUCAAGUAACUACAUGUGACAUUCUGGGGGAAACAGAAUUGAAUUCUGAAAAGCUCCUGCUUCUUACAUUUGUAAUUUCCCCAUUUCUUAUUUGCAAAACAGUUAUAAUCUAAAGACGACCUGAAGUGAACUUGUGGCCAUAUUGGAUCGCUGCAUUUAUGUAACAAGUGGUGAUGGAAAAUCUAGCACAUUUAAGUUCCCCCAUCCAGAACUCUUGUUUGCACUUUUUAUAUGCACAUGGAAUCAUUGAGGGAGCAUGUUUGCCCACUCGCCUCAAGGCAGGCCCUUCCCUGAGUAUGCAAGUGCAGGCAGUGGACUGGGGAAACAGAAGAGUGAGGGCAGCCACUCUUACCUUGAAUGAAUGAAUCUUUAUUUGCAUCAGCCAUCGGCCAUAGCAACAAAACAACAAUAGGAUAGACAAAGAAUAGAAAUGAAAAGUCAAUUGUAUAAAACACAUUAUAGGGUUUUGGAUCAAUAGUCAAAUAGUGGAAUAUUAUUCUCAUUGCCCCAGCUAAAAACCUUGCAUGCGGAUAUAAAUAAAGCAUAAAAUGGCCCCAAAAUAGGCUCAGCACAUUAAGUUAAAAAGGUAAUAAAAAUUAAACAGGUCCGGGACUAGGGCACACUACCCUGUCAGAGUAGCCCUGAGUUUCAGAGCCUGCACUGUGAAGAUUGCCACCCCACGUGAAAUUUGGGGAUUUGCGUCCACAAGAAGUGCUUUCAAACAGUCUUCCUUAGAUGAAAUGGAGGACGGGAUCAAGAGGAGGAGCUUAGGUCUUAUUGGGUCAUAAAUAGGGCAGUAGAAAAAGAAAUGUAUGAAGUCCUCUACUUCAUUCAUUGUGCAUGGACAUAGACGCUGAGUAAUAGGGGUCUUAGAGUAGGUCCCCUGCAGGAAGGCCGUGGGUAUAGAAUGAAAGCGGGCCAUUGUAAACGCUCUUCUCAAAUUGGGCUCCGUCAGGUCUAUCAAGUAGUUGGCAAGUGAUCUUACCACUUUCACUUUAGGGAGCCACAUGGAGAGGCGAGCUGAGGUGGACUGUGCCCGGUCCAUGGCCUCAUCUCUUGUAAGAAUCCAGGCCCGGAUUUUAUGUUGGUCCCAAGAUGACAACGUGUCGAAAUCUGGGAGGGAGUAGCGUACAGUAAUAGUCUCCAUGGCCUUGGACCAUUAGUUGGAGUGAGAACAAGUUAAAAAGGCUUGCCUGGCUAGUAGGGAACCUGGGGCAUUGAUUAAUUUGCAAUAAAAACUAAUAAUUCUAAUGUGGGCUCUCGCAACAAUGGAGGGAGGCCCAGUUCUGUUCUUAACUGUGCAGCAACCGAGCCCUUGGGGAGACCCAGUAUCUUUCGUGCAAAAGAGUUUUGUAGAAUCUCCAGCCGUUGUAGUGUUUUUAAAUUCCACCCCCAGAUUUCAACCCCAUACAGUAACAUCGGGAGGACUUUGCUGAUAAAUGCUUUUCUGAUUGGUGGAACCAACUGGCCGCCUUUUGCAUAGAAGAAUUUCUCCAAGGCUUUGAUGGUUCUACGGGCAGCCAGGAUGGUCAUAUUUAGGUGAGCUGACCAGCUAAGCCCAUGCUGAAAAGUGAUUCCCAAAUACUUGAAUGCUGAGCAAUAUUCAAUAGAGUGGCCCUCAAAAUUCCAGAAUGACUUCCGAGUUUUCGUGCCAAAAGUAAGAAUUUUGGUUUUGGCGAAAUUGAUUUUGAGGGAAUUGGUAUCACAAUAUGUCAUGAGCCCUCUGAGCAUGUUGUUUAAGCCCUGCUUGGUUAAAGACAGUAUCACCAUGUCGUCCGCAUAGAGUAAUAUGGGGAUCUUAAGCUGUUGUAAAGAGGGGCAGAUUGAUUUAGGGCCUGCAUAGUUGUAACGAUGUCGUUGAUAUAGAAAUUGAAUAGAAAAGGGGCCAAGAGGCAGCCCUGUUUGACCCCUUUAUUCAGAGAGAAAGAAUCAGAAAGAGCUCCCAGAGGGCCGAAUUUUACUCUAGCCGAUAUGUCAUUAUGAAUUUCCAUGAGAAGGAGGAGGAGUCUCUUAUCUAUGUUGGUGGAACUAAGCUUCACUCUUACCUUUUUGCUGCCACUGCCACUGACCACCAGGUUGUUGCUGCUGCUUGCAGAUUGCCUAUCCCUGACACCAGUCUGCCUUGGACUAUGCUACAUGGCUGGGACAGCCCUACCACUAGGCAGAAUGAGGUGGGUGCCUCAGGCAGAACUUAGUUGGGCAACAUGAAAAGACAGCAAAUUGAUAAUUUGUUAUUGUGUUUUUAGUGCCAGGGAAGAGAAGAGAUGCUUGUGGGAUUUUCCUGCCCUGAGUACCAAAAUAGUUUUCAUCAGCCUUGGGUACCCAUGAUAGGGUGGGGUGGGUCAUUUGCUGCUUGGCCUUGGCAAUGGCGUAGCACGGGGGUGCCGGGGGCCGUGAACCAGGCGCCUCCAGGAUGGCCUGGCCUGCUGCUUCUCUCCACCCGCCAAUGGCUGUGCCAGCCAACUCCCCCCUGUGUGGGUGGGCAGGCAGCUUAGUGCAACCCCACUUUGCUUUGGUGGGGUUGCUUCAUCGUUGUCGGUGGUGAGGGCUGAGGUGGCGCCCCCUAUCUGCCCCUGCCUGCCCUGGGCACUGGCAAUUGAUGCUAUGCUGCUGUGUCUUGGGCAGCAAAAUGUACUGGGCUAGCCUAAACCGACCUCAAUCAAAGGUGCAUUUUUAUUUCAUACUUGAUUAAUUUUACUGAAAGAAGGUGUAUAUAUAUUUUCUGAGAGAUAAAGGAGACCGAAACAGCCCCCUCCAACCUUCCUUGUCUGCUCUUUCUUUUCGAUAGCUUUCAUGCCUUCCUAUUUACUGCAAGUACAAAUUCCAUAAUAUGGAGCCACAUCGAACGCAAGACCGGGAUCAUGGCUCUCAUGUCUUCUUUAAAGAUACCAACGUGAUUCUUGCAGGAACAAUAAGACGUGAUGAACUGAAUGAGUAUCUAAGAGGACCACCCUUGGAAAUCGAGGUUCACGAUCGGGACAAAAAAUGGCAGGAUGUCGAUGUAAAGCCUUCCUUGUUUGGAGAGGAGCCAGGAGACCGCAGGCUCAGCCAUUUGAGCUCGGUCACUUCGAAAUACGUGGCCCAGAAUCCCAUGAAAGGCAUGGAGGAAGUGUGGCACCCAUAUGGGGUAGCCAAAAUCCGCUUGGCUGAACUACUGCUAGGUGAAAAGGCCUUGAACUUUUGUGCGCCAAUUCACAACUGCUCCGUUCAGGAUACGAGUGCCACUCGGAAGGCUAAGGCUGCCGACGGCUCUCCGGUGGCCCAGAUGCCAGUGGGCCAUUAUGUGUGCUCAGGGGCCUUUCUUAAAGUCAGAGUUGAAAUAGCUGUACCGUUAACUCCCGAAGAUGAAGCAGAGGACACUAAAGAUGAUUAUUGCCCCUAUGGCUGCAUCAUCUAUGUUUUCGACUUUAAAAACACUUCUCUCAUAGGCUACUUGCUGCAGGAGAUUACAAAAAUCAACGCAGAGGCUCUAGAACUGGAUUCGUACCCUCUGCGCAUCAUUCAUAAAUCUCUUAAUGCGUUAAAACUGAAUAACAGGAUGACUUACGAGGAGAUUUCUCAGCUGGACGUUCUUACUGGGUUUCAUAUUCUGGACGGAUCCAUUCACCUUCUUAUCGUGGAAGGCUUAAAGAACAAAGCCCUUAAGAGGUUAUGGAAUAAGCGAAUAGACAGGUAACCAGAAGCGUUUUGCAAUUAAAGCCUAUUUUCCUCUGCUGUGAUCUUUUUAUAAAGGUGAUUUGUCAGACUCAACCUCAUAUUUUUAAUAACUGUUUUGUAUAUAGAGAAGCAUUUGUUUGUUUGCUUCUUCUUUCUUACAAUGUGCUUCUGGUCUGCCCUGAUCAGAGUAGUUCAUGUAGGGAUAGAAGACAGGACUUUCAGGAUCUGUUCAAGGAUGCUUUCAAAAUUAGAAAGUUAGCCCAAAAUUUCAGCGCCAGGAUUUUGGGGUACUUUGGUUGUUUCACUGUGUUUUAAUAAAAAUGCACCAGUAAAAUUAUGAAAAUAAUGGGACUAGUCUAAUGCAGCACUUGGUUUUCCUCGUUCCCAUUUUGCCCAUUAGAAGUUUGCUAGUGCAGUGCUGUCUUGGCACUGAAGAGGCGCACACCUUAUGUCUGGUGCUGAGCUGCAGUUCCUGCUUCCUAGGGAGAAAGUAGAUUAGAUGGUAAUUUAUGCAGUUAGCAGUUGCUGUGGAUAUCUUUUUAAAGUAAAUAGCAGGUGGUGCGUGUGUUUGUAGGAAGGCAUUAACUCUUUCCCCUCAUGGCAGAGUUCCUGCAUGCCUCCUAUUUUGCACUGAAAGAAUUCCCUUUCAUACUAAUGGAAUGAAUCUUUCUUUCUUUCUUUCUUUCUUUCUUUCUAAAAAUGAAAAAAUCUGCCACCGUUCAUUUAAAAUAAAUUCAAAGGUGGCUUGCCACAAUAAUAUAAAAGAAUCUGAUAAAAACAACAUUAAAAGCAAAAAUGCAUAACAAUUGCCACAACCCGAGUUUCAAUGGCUAGGAAAUGCUGGGUGAACAGGAACGUUUUCAGCAAGCACUGCAGUGCCACUGCAGAAAAGAGCGUCCUCCAGGUUGCUGCAAGAUGGACUUCAACAGGUUGCAGCAACCUGGGGUAUAUGUUUGAUGUAAAUUGCAGGUGUCGGGGACUUGAUGGGGCCUGGGACCACACUGCGGGGCAAAUAAUUAACUCCCCUCAGCCGCCAGAGGGAUUCUGAUCUGCACCAGGUCUUUCUCCUUACUUUUAAAAUGCCAGCCAUGCAGUUUCUAAUGGUACCUCAUCUAGUUUGGCCCUUAAGGGCUUUACGGCCAGUUGAGCUGUUUGUAAUCAAACUGUUUCCUUUAAUGUUAAUUUUGUUUUAUAACUGUAUUUACAGUAAUGCACUGGUUUAUUUCUCUUUCACUUCCAACAAUCUUUCCUAAAUCAAAUAAUCGGUGUUCGCAGACAAUACUAAGAAGUUGUGGAGCACUUUUAAUUUCAUUCUUCCUUGCAAGCGUCAUAAUGUACAAAUGUUAACACGUUACAGUGCCAGUCACUUUUAAAGAAGUUGCUUGACGGAAUGCAAGAUGGAGGAAAAGAAUUUAGAAGGCCGAGGCUGUGUGAAAGUCAUUUUAUUCACUUGGAGGCAGAAUGAGAACAGGUUUCAUUAUCAGGCUCAUAUGUUAAUUCAGGGGUCAGCAAACUUUUUCAACAGAGGGCCGGUCCACUGUCCCUCAGACCUUGUGGGGGUCCGGACUAUUUUUUCGGGGGGCGGGGAGAUAAACCAAUUCCUAUGCCCCACAAAUAAGCCAGAGAUGCAUUUUAAAUAAAAGCACACAUUCUGCUCGUGUAAAAACACGCUGAUUCCUGGACCAUCCACGGGCCAGAUGUAGAAGACGAUUGGGCCGGAUCCAGACCCCGGGCCAUUGUUUGCCUACGCAUGUGUUAAUUUAUGCUUGUUGCUUCAGGCUGGUUUUGGAGUUUUUCAGAGCACUAGAAGCUGCAUCCUAGAAAAUCCCCAGAAAUACAGGUGGGAGUGCUAAGGGUGCCUUUUGGAUUAGUAGCACAUUACCCCUUCUCCAAACAUUUUCCCAUCCUUUGUCUGUGGACAGAUGAGUGCCUUUCCACAUAUAGGAACAUAGGAAGCUGCCUGAUACUGAAUCAAGCCAUUGGUCCUUCGACCUCAGUAUCGCCCUCCCUGGCUUGCAGUGACUUUCCAGACUUUCAGACAGGGGACGCUCCCAACCCAACCUGGAGAUGCCAGAUAUUGUAUACCUCACUAGCUGUUUUUCAGAAAGGUCUAGGUCUUAGAGAAGUGUGCACUGACAGAAUAAAUCGAAGCCCUUUUGUAGUCUGGUGUCGUCAGUCUCACAUCUCCUUUGAAACUCAUGGGACUAUGGAUGCUGCUGCAAAUUAGGAAAGAGGGAAAUAGAGCAAACAGGUUCCCUACCCCAUGAGAUUUCUAUACAGCACAGGACUAGCGCUACCAAAACAGCGAAGCUGGAGUCACUCACGUUUUUCCAGAAGUCAUCUGUGUUUAUGCCAAGCAUAACCAGAAUUGAAUAAGAAAAUGUUUAGGACUGCCUUUUGACAUGGAGCUCUUAAAUAUGCUUGGUAGUGCAAUCCUACAGAGAUGGGAGUUCCAUUGAGUUCAGUGAGACUUACUCCAAAUGAGUCUACUAUAGGUUUGCAACGAAGUACUAUUAAAAUUAACAUAUAGGAAAGAUAGGAAUUAAGAUCAUUGUGAGACUGGUUAAUUUGACCCUACUGGUGAUAUGGAAGGGUCAACUUUCCAGGACUGGGAUAUGUUAUUGGAGUAGUAUUCAUGAAUUAAAAAACAAACAAACAACUUUUGCUUGACUCAAGAUGUGCUUGAUUCAAGUUAGCACUUUUAAGGUUUUGUUUUGUUUUUUAAAUACAAGUUCUCAUAAACACCGUCUUAGACAUUCAUUUUAUCUCUCCCAUAGGAGGAAAUGCCUCCUUUAAAAUGAUUCCUCUUGCAAUGCAUGUAUGUAUCUAAAAACAAUGCAAGCUUUCUUGCAUUAGUUGCUCUUGAUAUGAUGAUACCUGCUUCUCUUCUUUAUCAUACAGGGUUUUAAUCUGAGCUUUAUAAUACUUAAAAAUAAAAAACCCUUGACUAAGAAAGGGGAAAGGUGCUAUGAAAUGUCAGGAAACACAAGAUUAUGACGUAUUUGGUCAAUGCUGUUCUAUUUCUUCUCUCUUACAGGUUGCGUGAAUCUAAAAUUGGACGAUUACAAAUAUUCUAUAACUCACACUUCUCUUUUCAUCAGCGCCUGUAUGUAGACCUUGAAGCCAUCCUUCUUCAUAUCCGUCUCUGCAAGCCACUCUCUAAUAUCGUGAAUCAGCCUUUGUUAUAUAUCAGGGACAUGGUUCCCCUUCCGUGUUUUGAAGCUCUGAUCAGGUUAGAUUGUUCUUGGAUUUCUGACUUACUGUUCUGUACAUAUUUAGAGUUCGGUGUAUAUACUUUUGUUGGUUGUGGAGGAGAGGAGGAACCUCCACUAGACCUUUUGGAGAGAAUUUUCAUAGCACUUUUGAUUAUCCUUUCCUAUGUCAUCUCAGCUGAAGAGAAGGUAACAUGUAGAGGGGAGGGGGUGAAAUCAUUCUGAUUCUCCACAGUCUCAUCACACUACACUACCUUAAUAAUUGGAUUCGGCUCAGUUUUGAGAUCCUUUCCUCUGGCAAUGUGCUUCAUCAUUUCUUUCAGGGUAUGUUCAGGAAGUCAUCUGAAUAUGCAAAUGGGGGAAGAGCAGAUGUACAGGGCCUGCCCCCAAUGUCGUUGUGCCCGUAGCAGAUACCCAAAUCCCCAAGCUUCCCUGUGUUGCCUGGGGAAGGUCUGCAGGGGGCUUCUACUUCCAUUCAUUCCCUUGAACUACUUCACGUAAUCAGGGCUCCUGCUGUAUUGGGGUCCCUGAUCACAUGCUGAGUGUAAGGAAAUCGAGAAAGAUUUCUCCAAAUUGGGUGAAUGGUCCUUAAAAUGGCAUAUGUGCUUCAGUGUAAACAGCUGUAAAGCAAUGCACAAGUUCACUUACAUCUUAAUAGGACCUGAACUGGCCGUGACUGACUAGGAAAGGAUUCUUGAGUUCAUGAUGGAUGUUGACCCAUUGUUGACCCGUAUUAGGGAUCAUGAGGAAAGGGAUUGAGGGGGGAAAACCUUCCAAUAACAUGGGGCCAUUAUACAAGUCUGUGGUGCAACUAUGCUUGGAAUACUGUGUGUUGUUUUUAAAUUAUUUAAAUUAUUUAAAUUAUUUGUUUAUUUAUAUUAUUCCAUUGUGAGAUCUGCCCAUUUAUUCUUACUCUCUGCUUCUUGUUGUUUAGAUGAUUACUGAUCCAUAAGAGGACCUCCUACUUCAUGUCUUCUAAGCAUACUCAUGAAUGUUGUUUUUUGGGUGGGUGGGUGGGUGUUACUGUGUUGUGAUUUUUAUUUUUAUUAUGCAUUUUGUAUCUUGAAUUUAUUCUGUGAACCUCCCUAAGACCCCUGGGGAUAGGGUGGUAUAUAAAUUCAACAAAUCAUCAUCAUCAUCUUUGGUGAGGGAGUCUAUCAAAAGCUUUUUGAAAGCCAAGUACACAGUGUCUGCUGGGUCACCCUUAUCCACAUGCUUGUGUUCUCUCUCUCUCUCUCUCUCUCUCUCUCUCUCUCUCUCUUUGCCUUGUUCUUCAGGCUUGAUUCUAUCUGCCGCAGUAUGAGGUUAAGAGAUGUGGUCCAUCACGAUCUCUUGCCAUCUGCAGAAAUGAUCACAGUGUUGAGCCAAGAGUUUGGGAUCCCAUUGAAAAGGGAUGACUUGUUCAUCCAGCAACACCCAGAGAUCUCAGGGAUGUUUGAUAUUCCACCAAAGUAUUCGUAUGUGAGAAAAUAUAGGCGUUUCCCUCUAGAUAACCACAACGAAGAGUACCUACUUAGAAAAAGGGAAAUGGAGAGUCAGACACCAGAAGACUUUAUCCAGGUGUGUGCGCUGCAGCAAUGAAAGGUUGCCUUAAGACAGGAAAGGGGAAACAGUAGCCCUCCACAUGCUGUCGGACUACAGCUCUCAUCAGUCCUAGCCAGCAUGGCCAAGGAUGAUGGGAGUUGUAGUCCAGCAAUAUCUGGACUGCUACAGAUUGCCUAUUCCUAUCUAAAGAGAUUGUUCAGAUAAUGUCUAUGUCUCACAAAGUGCCUUCUUUAUGGAGUUGUGAUAUUAUAGCAUGCACAUGAGGGGUUUUUAGUUUGAAAGUGAGAAAAUGCUCAAAUUCCCCACCCUGCCACAUUUAUUUUUGGUGCAAGCUCCUGAUGCUUCUCACAGUUUGCCCAUGUGAAGAGGUUUUCUGUCGUCCUGUGAUUCACAUAUACACAUAUCAGGGAUGGGGAAUCUUCAGCCAUCCAUUUUUUGUUGGGCUCCCAACUUCCAUCAGCCCCAGCCAGCAUAGUCAGUGGUCACGGACAAUGGGACAGCCAGCAGGUUCCCCAUCCCUGCAUUGUUCCCUGUCAGAAAUCAUAAGCUGGUUAAAGUCCCUGUGAAUCGAGUGGGACUCUCACCUUAGGAACAGCAGCCCAGGUCACAGGCAUAGAGGAUUUAUUUAUUUAGCAAAUUUAACAGGAAAAAAGAACAAAAUGGAUACAAGGAUCUCCCACCCCCCAGAAAGGAGAAGUUGUUAUUUGGACUUGUGUGAGCCCUAUGAUAGUAGGCCUGAGGGUUCAUUAAAAAGCCAGCUCAUCAGGGGAAGGAGCCCUUGGUGGAUUCUGACACCUUUAGGGCAGCAAAGACUAAGCAAGCAGCUGGGUUUUAGAGCCUCUGUGAAAGAUGCGCAGGUGAUGGUCUUUAUGUUUUCUUAAAGUUCCAAGUAUUUACUUCUAAAAUAUGAACGUUAUUACAGUGAAUAAAUUAGCUUGGUUGAUAGUGGAAAAUAGGAAGCUGGAUGUCUUCAAAGAAAAGUGGUUGGCAGCUGGCGGUCUGCAAGGUGAGCUCUCCUCCCCCAAGGGAAGGAAGACAGCUAGAGCUCCAACUCCAUUUACAUCUUUGCCUUCAGUUAUGUGCUGCCUGGUGACUGUUUAGAGCAGCCUUUCUCAACCUUGGGUCCCCAGCUGUUGCUGGACUACAACUCCCAUCAUCCUUAGCUAGCAGGACCAGUGGUCAGGGGUGAUGGAAUCCAUGGUUGAGAAAGGCUGGUUUAGAAGAUCUGACAGUGGGCUGAGUUGGAAGACUUGGCUACAUCUUACUGAUUUGACUUACCUGCCGGUCCAGCUACCGACUAUUUCCAUGGCAGAAGUCCUGUGUCUGUUUUCAAAAGUACAUUUCUUUUUGUCUAACAAGACCAGAAUAAUUACAUGUGUUAACUUUUCUUCCAGUCUAAUAUUGAGAAUAUACAUCUGCUCAGCAAGAUGGUGAAAAAGGAAGGCAGCAAAAUCAUCAGGGCUUUCCCUUCUGAUGGCAAGUCCAUCUUUAAUUACAGUUGUCAGACGUUAAAUUCUGCAGAAAUUGCAAAGAAGCUGCUUCGUCAAGAGAUGGCAGAGGUGAGAUUAGUACAUCCCAGUUUGGAUUUCUGCUAGAGUAAAAGAUUGAUCUAAUGAUUUCUGGUAUGUCUAGUAAAAUUUUGGAAUUUUAUUUUUAUCUAGGAAUUUUGUGAAGAUUUGGGAGUCCAGUGGUUCAGAUUCAUUGGGGUUUUUUUGUUUUGUUUUUGUGUGUGUGUAUAUUAAAAAAUCCUCCAGAAUUUCACCUUUUUGCAUUUUAAGGGAGUGCAUCCCUCAUGUCUUACUUGGAGGAUCGGAUUUUUGUCGUUGAAUUCAUAAUAAUAUUGCUUUAUCUUCUGAAGUGAAUUUAAGUAUCUAUGGGAUUUCUAGACCUCCAAGUUUCUUAAGUGUUUUCUGUACACUCUAAAUCCAACCCAGUUAUCAUUGCUGUGUUAGGAACACGUACAGAAUUUUGUUGUAAAGUUCAGGCUUUGCUCUUUUUAGCAAAACUUGUUUCUCUGUGGAGAAACAUAGAGGAUGAGAGUUCUUUCUGAGGGAAACAUUUGUCUUUCUUUCUUAGAAUCCAGGCAACAGGUUUGCUUACAAUCAUGAAUAUCUGUCAGCCAUGUUUGACCCAGUAGAUGAAGACAGUGAACUAAAGGAGUCCAUGCACCAAUCGGAGAUGAUGUGGCUCUCACCAGGAGGGUUUGUGUAUCCUGGAUAUAAGAGCAGCAUGGAAUCCAACCGGCAUCCUCGUAAGCCUGACGAAGCACGAGUGAGGGAACUGCGUGAGGUAAUGGCGCAUUUUAAAUUCCUGCCACAUCUGUAAUCUACAGUGUGGCAUUUUAUCUUCACAACAACCCUGUGAGGAGGAUUUAAGAGACAGGGUCUUCUUGCAGGCCAUCCAGUGAGUUUUAUGGCAAAUGCAAAUUUGAUGCUCGUCCCUCUGAUCAAGGCCCAGUAUUCACUCUCCACUACCAUACAUCUUAUUAUUAUCAGGGUCUCUUCCAGCUCUACCAUCCUAUGAUUCUGUGAUCAUUUAGGCACAAGGCAGACAACAUUCUGUGUUUCCUUGAACAGUGUAAACUUACUGCUUUUAUUCUCCCAAGUAUAUGCUGUGUUUUAAACAGUACUGCUGUGUUUAUUGGUAGAUUUACAGCACAACCCUGUGCAUGUUUACUUUAAAGCUGUGUUUAAUGGGGUUUACGUCCAGAUAAGUAUGUGCAGAAUUGUACCCUUUUUGGUGCAGUCCUGUGGUCCUGGGAGGUUGUCCAAGGGACUAUAGCAUUUUGUAGAUUCUCCCUCUCCACAGGCAGAGAGAGUGAGCUCGAGAGAGGUCUGCCCCUGGAAUCUUAUCCAGCCACAAUAAAAAGGUCGGCUGCCAUCACUUCUUUACAAUUAGUCUCUACUGGCAGAGAGGGCAAAAGUUGGGGUAAACAGUAGGUAGGCUGUGUACCAGAGGUAAAGGGGAGACCCAGCUUUGGAUCUGCUGAAUCCAUAUCCCUCCUGUACCUUCAACACUCUCCCAGAACGGAAGGAGAUAACCAGCAGAAGAAUAAACACUACAGACCACUAAAGAAGAAACAGAGAGCCAAAGACUAAAAGAUGCUGGCAAAAGGGAAAACACUUACAGGGCUCUGGAUUUGCCAUAGUGCUCCUGCCCAGAUCCAGUAGAAUUGCUCUGCCCAUUUUUAUUCUAAGCUGGUUUGAAGACUUUUAUAUAGUGGAAAGGCGGGUUAGAAAACAGCUUUGGUUGUUUGGUUGUGAAAAGAAACUGCACAUGCAUUUCUGCAUCCUGCUGGUAGCUUGUCAGAAGAUCCCAUGAGUAUAUUCGUGAAAUUAAGAUUUUUUUUGCCUAGUCAUGCAUCUUCUAAACUUAGGUCGAGUAAUUAAAAUUUGUCCUUGCUGAUUAAUCAGCUAAAGCCUGUAUUCAGUGGUGUUAUCUACCACUAAAACUGACUGGGAUCCACCGUUAAAACUGUAUUUUUUAAUUCUUAAGAUUUUAAACUGCAUUUUACAUUAUUGUAACCCUUGGACCGAAAGGUGGGUAAUAAAUUUAAAAAACAACAGCAGCUGUGAUAAUCAAAUAUGUGGGUUUUUGGUGUGUGUUUUUAAAAGACACCAUUUGCUUUGACUAGCUGUCACCCAUGCUAUUUUGCAAACUGCUUUGGAAAGUCCCCUCAGGUUCAAAAGACAUUUGCCAUCUGGCAUGGGGACCUGCUGUUUGAGAAACAAGAUCAAGUGGACCCUAAGAACUAACAGAUCACAGGCUGUCUUGAGGUGUUAUCUCAACAUACAAAAUAUUAGUAUCUGUGUGCUGGCUUUCUUCUUUUUCAUCGUAAGGAAAUUGCUUAAUGGAAGCUACGUUUGUCCUCCAUCAAUAUGGUAUAUUUGACAUAUUCAUAUAUUGCUGUGUGAUUUGAAGUUUAUACUGUCCUGGAAGUUUCAGGAAGACCGCUUUUGUGCUAAAAGAUUUGCAAUGUUCAUUUAGACAUGGCAGGAGCACUUGAAAGCCAGUGACAUGACGACAAUUCCGGACCGGGACAGAUGGCCUUGGGACAAGAGACAUGCAGAUUUUGAGCUUUACAAAAAGAACCCUCCAUGUGCCCAUGUGCUUCUUGAUACUCAGAGAGAAGGUAUAUACUAGUUUCAAUACCUUUCCUUGGAGCGGCUUUAGCUCCUUUAAGAAGUGGUGCAUCUCUGCAAGUACACAUUCAGUAUAUGGAAAUACUGUCCAGGUUUGAAAGAGCUACUUUGGCGUGCAGUCAGUUGCUUUUACAUCUUAUCCAGCAUCUAAAGAAGUGUGUGUUAACACAAGGCACAUGUUUGAGAUAAGAGUGUUGAUGCAAAAAGUUACGGAAGGUCCCAGCCAUUGUAUGUCAGGAAAUCCAGGUUCCCUUUACAUAAUUGAGAGCAGUGGUGCAGGAGCUACUUUUCCAGGAGGUCAUCCUACAGCAGCUGUUAUGUGUAAAAAUAGCAAUUUUGUGGGAAUGGCCUGCAGAGAUUACCGCACCCCACAACUGCAAGCUUUCAAAUGCUACAGCAGCUCCCAGAGAAGGCUGUAAUGCACGACAAUCUUUGUUGUUGUUGAAUGUGUUGUGAUGGAGGUGGGGAAAUGUCAUCAAUGACUUAAGCAACAGGUUUUUCUCCUAGAGAGGCUGGCUAACCUUUUUAAUGAACUUGCAAAGGCUGUAUUUUCUGUGGUUGCACAGGCAGAGAGGGAGGGAAAUGGUUGCAACAACCCUACAGUGAAAAGGACUGCAACCUGUAAUAUGUAAACCAAGCUUCUUACUGUUAGGACUUCCUGGAGUGUAUUUGUCUGAACAAAUGGAAUUGAUGAUUUUGGCAGUAAGCCUUUGAGCUAGUGAAAAUUUAGGAGAGCCCCCAAAAAUUACAGACAGCGGUACUGAAACGAGUAGAAAAAGACUUCUGUAGUAAGUUUUAGUUUUAAAUCUCACAGUAGGGAAGACUUCUAUUAUGACAUUACGAUUCGUAAGUAGUUUCCAUGCAUUUUGUAUCUCACUGCAGUUGGGAUGGACCUCUUUUUUUGACCCUGCCGCUAACCAAAUCGUUCCAAAACAAAUUACAUCCAAUUGAUUCCAAGUUCUUUUUAAGGAUUUGUUGUUGUUUUUAAUCAGUGGGACGUGGGUGCGCUGUGGGUUAAACCACAGAGCCUAGGACUUGCCGAUCAGAAGGUCGGCGGUUCAAAUCCCUUUGCUUGGUCCCAGCUCCUGCCCACCUAGCAGUUCGAAAGCACGUCAAAAUGCAAGUAGAUAAAUAGGCACCGCUCCAGCGGGAAGGUAAACUGCGUUUCCAUGCACUGCUCUGGUUUGCCAGAAGUGGCUUAGUCAUGCUGGCCACAUGACCCGGAAGCUGUACACUGGCUCCCUUGGCCAAUAAAGCGAGAUGAGCGCCGCAACCCCAGAGUCGGUCACGACUGGACCUAAUGGUCAGGGGUCCCUUUACCUUUAACGUUUUUAAAUCACGGAGACUCUAUUGCUAUAAUCCACAAGCAGCCAGAGCCUUCGCUUUUGCAGAGAUAAAAUAUGAAUCCAAGUGCCCAGACCUCAAUCUCACCUUUCUUCUCCGCUCCUUUCGGAGUGAUCUGGAAGACAAGAGAGAUCACUAAUGGCACAGCCAGAUCCCCCUGCACCUGAAAUUAACACUUUCAGGUUUUUUGAGGUCCACAGCACCUUUGUGUGACCUUGUUUUCUCUACAAAGCUCGGGCUUAACCCAUGCUCCUUUGUGGUCCAUGGCAGAGCGGAAGUCCCUAAACAUGUAAUCUAAAGAAUCUCCGCUUAUGAUUUGGAGAUACAUUACCAGAACGGAUGAGGCAAAAGUCGUUAACAGCUAGUAAUUAGAAGUGGGUUAAGGAUCUAAAUCUGUCAUAAUAUAGUUCUUUUUUAACAUUUUUCAACUGACAUGUUUCUGAACAAAAGAGCCUCCAAAAGAGAUACGAUGCAACACUGGACUGAAAGUUCAUCGAUGCUGCCCAUCAACAGAGCUCACUGCAAGUGGACCCAAAGCCAGCUGCCAGCUAGCCCGGCUCCAGGGACUUCUGAAAGAUGCACCAGCCAAGCUGUCCCUAAGAAUGCUGGUAACAUUGACUUUUUAGAAAUCCUAAACCCGGUAGUCCUAAAGGGGUCAGCUUUUCUACCAAAGUCAUGGGGAACCGCCAGUUUACAUGCCUAGUUAGACCUGGCAUGGCUCCCAACUUGGCUGUCAAGGUUUGGUUUCCCCAAACCACACACAUCAUCAAAUGUGAUGGCAGGUCUGGAACAAAGAAAAAUGCUGCUGCUAGUGCACAAUCUGGUACCAUAAGGUGUGCUUCUACCUGUGCACUGGCAAGGGAGGCUUGAUGUCGCUGCCCAUCAGCUGAUAGGCAGUGAGAGCAAGCAGGUUGGGAACAGCUGUGCCAUUGAGGGGAAGAUAUUAGCACAGCAGAAAGGAGGUUUAAGUCGAUGCCUGUCAGCUGAAGGGCAGUAACUUCAAGCCCCACUUGGGCUUGCCACACUACGAAGGAAAAUGGGUCACCGGACGGUGUGACAUUUGGUGAUUGGCCCCAUCCACCUGUAUAAUGGCCCAAAGGUUUGAGAACCCAGGAUCUGGCCAGCCAGCUGAAUCCAGUCCAUACCCUUGUUGUAGCACAUACGGAGUUCAUAUUAAAGUGAUAUGCUUUGCAUCCCCCCCCAUCAUCAACAUAUUUGCUAAGGCAUCAAUAUAUUUGCCAGAUUCAUACUUUGUUUAGCUUAGAAUAAAAACCUCACAGGUAAUUAGGAUAUCUGUCCAAAAAUGUAAUCAUUACAGAUAACCAGUGAUAUGAGAAAGAAAGAUCUGCAUGGAGUUAGUUGGAAGUCACUUUUUUUUCUUUUUUCUAAUUUUCUUCUUUUUUAUUUUUUAGGAGAAUAUAAUGUUUAUAUUUUUAUUGUAGUUUAUGUUAUGAUUAUAUCCUUGUAUUUUUGCUUUUGUAUUUCCCCCUGUUUUGGUAUUAAUUUAAUUUAAUGCUUGUUUGUAUGAUGCAUAAGGAUAUAAAAAAGACUACAUACACACACACCCCACACUUGCUAUUACUCUUUGAAUAUACUUCAAAGACACACCAGUCCUGAAUUUAUUCAUUUCAGUGCUGUUUCAGGUCACUGUACCAGCUUAUGGACAUGACCUUGCAGUGUCUUCAAUGCAGCUUUGAUCUGAAUUGUAUUUCUGAUUCCUAGUGUUGGGAACACACACAUGGAGCUGUAUAUUUAGAAGCAAUGUUCUGAAACCUGCUAUUCCUGUUCCACUAGCCUACCCCAGUUGCUGGAAUGGCAGACCAAAUGGAAGAGAACAGGAUCUGCAAAGGAUUUGUUCCUGGCGCUGAACCACUCCUCAGCCUGAAGAGGAAUGACAAUAUAAUUCCAUGCUAUGACAGGCAACAUGAUACAUUUAAAACACUGAAGGGAGAAGAUUUCCGGUAAGUCAUCUAGCUGCUGUACCACACACUGGCAUGGCAAGAUGAUGUUACAGGUAGUUUACUGGCACGUGUACUUAGGAUGUAUGUACAGCAAAGGUAAAGAUCAUGUAGCCCACCAGGUAUUACUAUGCUACAAUUUCUGGCCAUGGCCAUGCUGCCAAUAACAUGUGAAGCCCCACAGGUUUCCCAGCCCUGUUGUGCAGGAUUGCAGAUCGAAUCAUAGAAAGGCAUUAGCCAUCGGAAAUUGCAGCAGAAAUUCUGAGCUGUCAUCCAGAGUUCUCUUUUUAGCUUUGGACAGAGUAAGCUGGGGUAGCUAACCUGUUGCUCUCCAGAUGUUGAACUCCCAACUCCUGCCACCCCAGCAAGCAUGGUCAGCAGUGAAGGAUGAUGGGAGAUGUAGUUCAGCAGCUGGCGGGCCAGAGGUCUCUCAUCCCUGGAGUUGGUUAUGCAUUCUGAGACCUGAAUAACCCAGAUAUUCCACCUUGCUAAAAACGUGUGUAAAUUAAGUUAAUAUAUUGGAAGAGUAGGAGAGUGAGCUUUAAUCUGUUACAGUGCAAAGCUUGACAUUUCUCUUUCAGUAGGGUCAGGCCAUGAUUUUAUGCAUAUUUUGUACCGUGAAUGUUUAAAUAAAAACUUAGCACAUAAAUAUGAAAGCACAGCAAUGUAGCUACUCUAAAGCAUAAAUUUUCACCCAUUUUAAAAAGUCUAUUCUGUUUUGCAGAUUGAUUUGUCGUAAGCGUUCAUUUCGGUACAGGGGGCCGCCUCUGCAGAAAUUGGUCUUUAAGGAAGAAAUCCAAAUAGCAGAGGAUACACAGGCUGCAGGUAAUGAGGGGAAUUAAGCACUGAUUACAGUGUGGUACACAAACCAGUGAUCUUUUUCCUGUGUCUUGCUAAGGAGUGAUAGUCACUCUGCUUUUCUGUGUGCAACGCUGAAGUUAAUUUGAAGAAGAGCUAGGGUACAUAGAUAGCAUUAAACUUUAGCACUUGGAAAUAUUGCUAUGGGAAUCAAAAGAAUUGAUCUGUCUGGUGAGACUGAAGUCAGUUGUUUGAAGCAAAGCAUUGCCUUUCAAAGUAAUCUAGGGGGGAAAGAUUACUCGUAAUGAGGCAGUGCAAGUUCUUAUUCUGCGUUUUCAGUUCCUCCAGAGCUAUUUCUAUGCUUGGCUUACCACAGCAAAAUUUACGCUGUAGGUCCAAUCUGCUGUGCUAAGGUGUCCCUCUGCUUGUGA